AUGACGGACUUCAACUUUCUCUUCCUGGUCAACACGCCAGGCAUGUACUAUCAAGGAAACAGCACUCCUCAGCGGCCGAGUAUCACCUCUCAGGCGCGCUCGCACGCUGCCAUGGCCUUUCACCGGAAGAGACAUGCAGCGCUCCAGGUCAAGUCCACAAAGUCGACGACGGGUCUGGCACGCCGUGCUAUACUCAUGUCGAAGCCCCGCGAGACCACAAGGAGCAGAAGGAGAAACCAGGAAGAUUACGAGGACAAUUCCAUUAUUACUGCUGCUCCCCCUGCUGUUAGCAGAAAAGGAGCGGUCUCGAUUCGCGAUUUUCCCCUAAAAUCUCAACAACAGUUCGAGAGACAUUUGUCGCCACUAAGCCAUCCCGUCGAUAUCCUUCCUGGAGUCCCACACCGCGAUUCUGCUGGCUUUUCUGCCGCGGCUGAAUUCUAUAGCACCGUCAAGCCAGAUUUGGUGCACGCACCUGUGUUUCACAUCUUUGAUGUGAGCAACACUUUUGCCAAGAGCGGUUCGCAAGAUAUCUAUCUCUAUCCACUGCUUUGGGUCAUCUCGUGCCCCGUGGAGUGCGGUCGGGACCGCUCUUACGGAAGAAAGGAGGGUGAGCUGGGAAGGGAAAGAGAGUUGGCUCAAGCAGUGCCGUAUACAAUACGUGGAAGUCUGCAGGCAAGGUCUACACACAUGAGCUACUACGACCUCAUGACGCAUGAGGUGGCCCUGCACGCCGGCGUGGCAGUGGCCAACAUGGUGCGCGACGUUUUUGUUCGGUCGAACUUCCCCAACAACAAGACGGGUCCCUCGGCGCAGGUGCUCCGCCUGAUCCAGGUCGCCAUCUCCAAGUUGCGCGAGCACAUGGUUGUACAAGACGAGGAUCCCGGAGGUGGUGGUGAUGGUCGACAUCGACGACAGCGAGCCGUCAACGAUGAUGGAGCGAUCAUCGCGGCGUUGUUCUUGGGACAUAUUGCUAGUGGUUUCGGCGAUCUGGAGGCUUUCCAAAUGCAUCGACGAGGGAUCAAGACCAUGAUAGAGUCUCGGGGCGGACUGGACGUGCUUGGGCUGGAUGGCAUGUUGAAAUGCUCGGUCUUGCAGUUCGAGUCGUGGUGGACCCAUAUAUACCGCGACACCUCUGUGUUUGCAUCUUCCAAACCCGCCUACAGCCCAGUCUACCUCUCCCCACCAUACUCGGCAGAAACACUACGUCUGCUUUCGCGCCUCCCGCCGGGAUUCCGUCGUCUAGCGACCCGUGGCCAGCUCGCCAUGGACGUCGUGACCGUGCUGUCCAGCAUCGCUGCUUACCAAGACGCCAUUCAGACUAGCCCUGGGGGUGUCGCGCGGCAGAUGGAGGCGGUGGCCUCGUUACCCGCGCGCAGACGGCACGCCGACUUCAGCGACGCCUGCACCUGCCUGCUCGACCCGGCGCCCAACUUUGAAAAGUACCUCGUGUUCGCGCUCAUUUGCUACGCCAGCGUCGCCUUCGCGCCAGACAGGCAUUAUCUGUCCGCAAGCCACACCGCGUUCAGGACGCCAAGGUUGCUCCUCACACAAGACCUGCCGACCUUUCGUGUGGUGGUGGAGGAGGAAGAGCAUGAUGUAGCAUUGCGAGACGAAACUAGCCACACCGAAGAGGCCGGCGACAACAACGUCACGGAAAAGGAAUGUCUAGUCUGGAUGUGGCUUGUCACGCUCAGCAGCUGGACGGCCACGGACGGUCCACACUCGGGAAACGCAGCUUCCCUGCAAAGCGCGUUUCGAGCUAGGUUUCCCGAGUACUGUGACCGGGGGCGUUUGGAUCUUGUCUUGAGGCAGUUCUUUUGGACAGAUGCUUUAGACCACCAGGUGGAGAUGAAGGCCGGUCUUGGAUGA